GAAGCAGCUCAUAAAAUAUAAAAUUAUGUUGAAUGUGCAAGCUUAAUUAAGUGGCAAGCAAGUCAGUAAAGCGUGAUAAGAAUCUAGUUGCAAGAUGAAAUACUCAAUAGCUGUGUGUCUGGUCCUCUCUAUGCUGUCCUGUGUUGAAUGUAUGACACUCCUGCAAUCUGGCAAAGAGCCCUUCAAGAGUCGAAAAGCACCAUCAGAGACCAUUCACAACUACACGAUUGUACAGCCUGUCAUUACUAACAGAGUGGAUAGCCAGGACGGCUCUCAUCUAUUGAAGUUCACACUUACUGUAAAUGAGGUAUCAGUGCAUCUAACUAUGAACAAAGAUUUGUUUCCCCCGCACUUCACAAGCAAGCACUACAACAAGCAAGGAGAGCCUGUUAUAUCAAAAGGCCCUGUGAACUGUUUCUACCAGGGAUGGGUAGAGGGUCACCCGGAGUGGAGGGCCACAAUGAGCACCUGUACAGGAUUAAAGGGAUCAUUUGGAGACUCAAACAGUGCAGACCAGUUCUUCCAUAUUGAGCCUCUGGAUUCAAGUGGCACUCAGCAGCUGGAUGCACCUCAUGUACUGUACAUGGAGUCAGAGUUUAAAGCCAGAGAGAUUGGUUGUGGAAUCCCUAACUCUAACCACAACUCUUCGGAUGGGUUAGCAAUUGAUCUCUCUGAUGCCAAACUUAGACGGAAAAGACAGAACAGCCUAGGUGAGCUGAUAGUAGAGUGGGCAGUCAUCAACGACCAGCGCCAGUUUCAAGAUUAUGGGACAGUGAAUGAAACGGUGCAAAGAUCUAUGGAGCUCACCAACUACAUUGACAUGCUGUACAGAGGUGAGUACAGUAUUCGCAUUGUGCUGACUUAUGUUGAGACAUGGAAUACUGGAGACAGAAUUGCGAUUGUUUCCGACCCAUCUUUACUGCUGGACAACUUUGAGGCCUACAGUAUAUCGAGUCACAAAGACAGCGCCAUGCUCUUCACAGGUAUUGACCUUGACGGUGACACUCUGGGUAUAGCCAAUGUUAGAGCGAUGUGCAGUAACACUCGAUCAGUGGGGAUCAUUGAAGACAGGGGUAGGAGUGUGGAAAGUACUGGAGCCACUGCUGCCCAUGAGUUGGGACACAUCUUCAACAUGCAUCAUGAUGACUCUCCCAGAGUAUGUUCGUGUAAUGACCCGUCAGGGAACUGUAUCAUGGCUAGCGCUCUGCUGUCAAAUUCUACCCCACCCACUCGAUGGUCCUCCUGCUCACGUGAUGACCUCGUUGUAGGCUUCUCAACACACAAUCUCAACUCUUGUCUGUUCAACGAGCCAGCGGUCAUUUUGGGAGAGGGAGCAUGUGGGAAUGGACUCAGAGAAGAAGGGGAGGUCUGCGACUGUGGAACUCCAGAGAUCUGCACUGAUCCCUGCUGCAAUGCCACCUCCUGUCAGCUAGUGGAUGGAGCUGAGUGUUUCUCCGGCUCUUGUUGUGAUAGCUGUCAGCUUCGUCCCUAUGGCACCAUUUGUCGUGAGUCCACUCAGGAGUGUGACAUCACAGAGUAUUGCUCUGGUGACUCCUCGGACUGUCCGGAGGAUUUCAGAGUUCAGGACGGACAGUUCUGCAACAACAACGACUCGUACUGCUUCUCUGGCAUUUGUAUCUCGUAUAAUUCUCAGUGUCAGAUUGAUUUCAACACCAAUAAAGGUAUAGACCAGUGCUACUUAAGGAACCUAGUUGGUAAUCAAUUUGGCAACUGUGGCCAUGACCCAUCACAAGGCCAAUACCUCUCGUGUGCAUCAGGAAACGAAAUGUGUGGUCUCCUUUUCUGUGAAUUUGGGGAAUUUACCAACCCGAACAAUAUCUUCACCACCAUCAUCACAGUUUCAAACAGAGAUGACAAUGGAGUGUCUCGCCAGUGUCGUGGCUCAGUCACCCCGACAACAUCGGAUGCUGUGAACCCUGGACUGGUUGAUGAAGGCACAAAGUGUGGAGAUGAAAUGGUGUGCUUUCAACGACAGUGUGUUCCCUUAAUGAACCUGGCCAUCCCUCCUUGUCUGAUGGGAGGCAAUGGACUCACCUGCUCUGGAAACGGGAUAUGCAACAGUGACAAUAUGUGCUCGUGUAAUGUUGGCUUUAGUGGGUCUGACUGCAGUGAGUCUAUUGAUGCACUCAGUGCAGGACCAUCAGGCAACUGCACUAUAUCUGUUGAACCUACUGGGGGAACUAUAACAGCGACCUUGGUUGAUGGUACUACAGUGAACUAUGAUAGUUUGAACAAUACAGUGUUGGAGGGAACUGUGCUGACUUACCAAUGUGACAAUGGACUCACACUGUUUGGGUCAGUGAAUAUCACAUGCAUGGGUGAUGGAAAAUGGAGCUCUGAUCCUGGCCUGGUAGGAUGCUUUCAAACUGCACAAUGCCCCCCUCUGCCAGAGAUAGCCAAUGGAAUGAUCUCCUACUCUCCUGAUAACACUUCUGAUUACAGUGUCGGAACUUUGGCCACCUACAGCUGUAACCCAGGUUAUGUGCUCGUAAUAAAUCCAGGCUCUGAGAUGAGGAAUUGUGUCGAUGCUGGUGAUGGUAGCGGAGGUGUAUUCAUUAGACAGGCUCCAACUUGCGAACCCAACUGCACUGUACCUGCUGAACCUACUAAUGGAACUAUAACAGCUACCUUGGUUGAUGAUACGACAGUGGACUAUGAUAGUUUGAGCAAUACAGUGUUGUUGGGAACUGUGCUGACUUACCAAUGUGACAAUGGACUCACACUGAGUGGGUCAGUGAAUAUCACAUGCAUGGGUGGUGGAGAAUGGAGCUCUGAUCCUGGCCUGGUAGAAUGCUCUCAAACUGCACAAUGCCCCCCUCUGCCAGAGAUAGCCAAUGGAAUGAUCUCCUACUCUCCUGAUAACACUUCUGAUUACAGUGUCGGAACUUUGGCCACCUACAGCUGUAACCCAGGUUAUGUGCUCGUAAUAAAUCCAGGCUCUGAGAUGAGGAAUUGUGUCGAUGCUGGUGAUGGUAGCGGAGGUGUAUUCAUUAGACAGGCUCCAACUUGCGAAUCCAACUGCACUGUACCUGCUGAACCUACUAAUGGAACUAUAACAGCUACCUUGGUUGAUGAUACGACAGUGGACUAUGAUAGUUUGAGCAAUACAGUGUUGUUGGGAACUGUGCUGACUUACCAAUGUGACAAUGGACUCACACUGAGUGGGUCAGUGAAUAUCACAUGCAUGGGUGGUGGAGAAUGGAGCUCUGAUCCUGGCCUGGUAGAAUGCUCUCAAACUGGUACACCUCUAAGUGUGAGCGUUGUAAUUGGAACCACUGCGGCCAUUAUUAUCAUUAUUUUGUUUGUUUCAUUGAGCUGGGUUAUAGUUUGUGUUCGGAUCUACAAGCGAAGAAAACUGUCGAGAACACAACAACCUGCAACUGACAAUGUGCUGACUCAGAGACCAAUUUAUCCACUGUCAACUCCUUUUGAUGAGACCUCUACAACUGGUCGUACAUCUCAAGUAUCUCUCACUGAUAGACAUCACUCUUAUAAACCAUUGACUGAUAUUGACGAAGAAGAGUCCACUGCAAACGAAACUCUUAAUGUCACAGGAAAAGCCUCUGAGGGAAGUGUUGAAGAGGUUUCAAGUGCUAUAGCCAAUGCUUGGUCACUGAUACUUGGUAAUGUGAUGAAGCUGCCUGAUCUAUCAGAAUCUCUAAAGAUACCAGGAUCUCAGCUGAAACUGAGCAGUGAUCCCAUUGGACAAGGGGAAACUGGAAUGGUGUAUAAAGGUCUACUAAUGAACUGGAAAGAUGAGCCAUUGCAAGCUGUGGCUGUGAAGACAUUGAAAGGUUUAUUUUCUUCUUCGGAUAUUCAAUUUCUGAUUAGUGAGAUUAUCAAGAUGAAGGAUUUCAACCACCCUCACGUCAUGCCCCUGAUUGGAGUGUGUCUAGAUGCCGGACCUGGUGUUUCCAUGGUGAUGCCACAUAUGACCAAUGGGAGUGUACUGGAUUAUUUGAAAAAGGAGAGAAGUGGUUUAAAAUUGACUGAUAAUUGCAGCAAAGAAAAGGCACAGAGUGUCAGGAAGCUGUUGUUGAGAAUGUGUCAUCAGAUUGCCCUAGGAAUGGAAUAUCUCUCUCAGCAAAGAUUCAUUCAUCGAGACUUGGCAGCACGGAACUGCAUGUUGGACUCUAGUGGUGAUGUCAGAGUUGGUGACUUUGGACUGGCCGAGGACGUCUACAGCACUGGAUAUUUCAGACAGAAUGAACGAGCUGAUAUCAAGCUGCCCUACAAGUGGAUGGCAUUGGAAAGCCUAAACGAUGCCAUCUUCACAGAGAAAACAGAUGUGUGGUCGUAUGGAGUAACUAUGUGGGAGGUCUUCAGUUGCGGUCAGAUUCCCUAUCCUGGAGUAGACGUCAGGACUCUUGUCAAGUUCCUACAGAGAGGAAGCCGAUUGGAUGCUCCCGUUAACACUGCCUGUACUACUGAAAUCUCAGAAGUGAUGCAGAGAUGCUGGCUGGAGGAUUGUGAAGAGAGGCCAUCCUUCACUGACCUGUCUUCAAUAAUGGACGCCAUGCUCUCCUCCGUGUCUGACUAUGCUGAACUGAACAUGAAGCUCCCUCAUAAUAGCCAAGACCCCAUAGACAUGAGCGGAUACGACGAUUUAAACGAGGCACUAAGGAAUAGAGCGACAAGAACUGACCAAUAGCCAGUAAUUAUUUUUACUCAUUUAAACGUGUUUCUAUAGUAGGAAUUAUUUAGUUUUACUGUCACCUGAUAAUGUUCACAGCAAUACGGCAAUCAUUAUUUACGGACUAAAAAGUUAUCGGCUAACUUUAUAAAAGUAUCAUAAUUUUGUUCAGAAAUCAAAAC